ACACACACAAGAAAUUGAUCUUCGAAGAAACACAAAGCAUCUCUUCCCAAAGUAAGCGUUAGUCCUCUGAAGGGCAGCCUGGAACCGAUUUCAGCAAAGUGUCGGGACAAAGAGCUCUGCGCUGUUGUCCGGUACAGAGCGGUAGAAACCAAGAAGGAUGGAAUGCUUUCGAAGGCAGGGCGGGAAGUCUUCAAAGGAUGGAUACAGGAUAAGCCCGAAAAGAUGUCAGACUGGGGCGGGGCACUGCACCAGGGAACGAAGAGAGCUGCAGGAAGGGUAGGGAGUGCGGGACGGACGGCUAAAUCCAGGUGCCGGGAGGACAGCGCGCGGGGAGGAGCUGGCGUCUGGGCCGCCGGGCGGGGCCAGGUGAGGUCACAGGCCCUUGUGAGGUGGGGUGGAGCCGCGGGGCCGCAGCGCUGUCCAGUCGGCGCGGAGGCGGCGGCGAGCUCAGCCGCUCCCCGCUGACCCGGAGCCCCUGCGCGGUGGCGGAGGCGGUGGCGGUGGCGGUGCCCUGGGUCCCGCACUCUUCCAGCGCGGGCCGCUCAGUGGGCGGAGCGUCGGCCUCGGUCAGGAAAUCCUUUUGUGCUCAUUUAUACUUGUUCAUCAAGACCUUUGAGUCCUCAAGGGCCGAACUUACCUCUAAACUGAAAAAUGGAAAGUAAAGUACCUUUAUUCUGCCAGGCAGAAGAAAAUCGCGAUUUAUCAGAUGAAGGCUGCAGUUCUCUUGCAACCAACUUGCCAUCGAGACAUAUUGGCAACAAGAAAGACAUCAAGUUUUCUCAAAUGACACAGAAGACAGUUUCACAUGAAAUUAGGGGUUUCAGGCUAGAGCACAGAAAAAGGUAUGAAACAUCAAUAUUCCUCUGUGGAGAAGAGAAAUCCUCUGAUUUUUCAGGAGACAAAAAGUUCAGAAGAAAGAAAAGUUUACAAGUACAGUUGCAUACUGAAAGAACUGAGAUUGCCUCUUCCUCAGUGAAGCUGUUGAAGGAGAAGAUGACUAAGAAAGAAAGGUCUUCACUCAAGUUUCCGAAUCAGUACAGUGUUCACAAGACUUUAUCACCCUUUUGUACAUCUUCCUCAGUUAUUCGGAAAAGGGAAAUGCUUUCUAGCCUCUGCAGGACAUCAUGUAAUGAAGUACCUCAAGGACACUUACACUCACAAGAAUUAAGCGGUAAUAAUAGAUUCUAGAACUUCUUGAAUAAAUUCCCUGAUUGUGUACAUUUUAGAAAUUGUUUCAGUGAUUAGUGUCGCUUUCUUUACUCCUAAUGGCAUAUGAUAUCAACUAAUAUUACAUGAUGUGACAAAUGCUGUAGUCUGUGAGUAAGCAUAAGCAAACUAGGUAAAAUAAGUAUUCAUAAAUAUCUUUUUUUAGAAAUAUCUUCUGUUAUAUUGAUAGG